AUGCCUGCGAGCCCUGAUUUUCAAGUCGGCCAGCGCCUUUCCUACGAUGGCGCCCUCUGCACCGUUCGGUACAUCGGCCAGGUGAGCGGCACCGCUGGAGACUGGCUUGGCGUUGAAUGGGACGACCCGUCCAGGGGCAAACACGAUGGCUCACACAAGGACGUAAGAUACUUCACAUGCCUCUCCAAGUCCCCAAAGGCCGCCUCUUUCGUCCGCCCCACGAGGACAGCAGAUGAGCCGCGGACCUUCCUGGAGGCCCUUCAUGAAAAGUACGCCCCAGCCGCCGCCGCGGACCAGGCGCAGGCGUCGUCCGGCCAGCAGAUCGUCAUAUCUGGCAAGGUCGCCGAGGAGAUCGGCUUCGACAAGAUCCGCAGACAGCAGGCGCAGCUGAGCGAGCUCAAGAUUGUCAUCCUCGACAGCCUGCGCGUCUCCUCAGCGUCUGCGCCCGGCGAGCAGCCCAUCUCGGAGGCCUGUCCCAAGGUCGUCGAGCUGGACGUCAGCCGCAGCUUGGUUGUCGAUUUCCGGGAGAUCGUCGAUGUGUGCUCGCAGCUCAAAGCGUUGCGCCGCCUGGGACUCAAUGGAAACCGAUAUGAGGAAUCAUUGCUCGCAGGCCUUCACGUAGAAUCAGCACGGGAAGCUUUCAAAUCUGUGAAAGAGCUUGCGCUCGAUGAGACCCUCCUGGGCUGGGAUAGCAUGUGCCACAUAUCUCACUGCUUCCCGUCUCUGGCAACUCUGCACGCCAGCACCAACCAAUUGUCCCGGCUCUCACCUUUCGGCGCCACUACGGCUACGGAGACACUGACUACGCUCUAUCUCGAAUUCAAUGACUUCACAGCACUCAGCGACCUGGCUUGUCUUGGCCAAUUGCCUUCGCUGAAGAACCUGCAUCUCAAGGGAAACAAUAUCUCCACCGUCACCGCCGAUGCAUCCAAAGACACACCAGUCUUCAGUCACACGCUCACCCACCUCGACAUCUCAUACAACAAGAUCAGCAGCUGGUCCUUCGUCGACGCCCUCCCGGACUCCUUUCCUGGCCUGAACUCCCUCCGUCUAGCCCACAAUCCCGUAUACGAAGACCCGGGUUUCGACAAGUCCAGCGCCCCAGCCUCAGCCGUCGGCACAGCAGGGUCCAAGGCCACCGUGACGGAGGAGGCCUAUAUGAUCACCGUUGCGCGGCUGGCCUGCCUGCAGACCCUGAACUUCAGUGCCGUCACACCCACGGACCGCACCAACGCUGAGAUGUUCUACUUGUCCCGGAUCGGCCGGCAGCUCGCGUCCGUGCCAGACAGCCCCGAGGCUGAGGCGGCGGUCACCGCCCAGCAUAGGAGGUAUGCGGAGCUGUGCGAGCUUUACGAUGAGCCUGUCGUUGUGCGGAGGAAGGAGGUCAAUCCCGCAUUCCUGGAAGCGAGGCUUGUCAAUGUUGCUUUCCGGUUUCGUGAGUCAUCGCGAGGUGUGGGAGAGGGAGGCGGUGUGAAGGCGGUGGAGAAGCAUGCGCAGAUACCCAAGACGUUUGACAUCUACGCCGUGAAGGGUAUUGCAGGCAGACUGUUUGGGCAUGAACCGCUCAAGCUCCGACUAAUCUGGGAGACGGGCGAGUGGGACCCCGUGGCGGGCUUCGAUGACGCUGGUGACAGCAGUGAUGAAGAAGAUCAAGAUGUAGCCGGAGAGCGGGAGGCUUUGGAUCGUGCCCGGGAUGCCCAGGAUGUACCUACACGGCUGGACAGCAAGACUGGCCGGUGGAUCAAACGGGAGGAGGAGCUCAGAGACUCCCCUAGACAGUUCGGCUUCUGCGUUGACGGACUAGAUGUUACAAUCAGAGUAGAGCCAAGAUAG